UUUUAAUUCCUUUUUAUCAAUAUGAAGCUUAUUUAGAAAGUGAAAUAAUUCUUUUAUAAACAUGUCCAAAGCUCCAAAUAAUUCUCUUCCUAGUGUUCUGAUCAUUGAGGCUGAAGACGGCAAUGUUUUUAUUGUGGAAAGUAUAGAUUCUGAGACGCAAGUUGAGAAAAUUUUAAAAACAGAAAAGACCCAAAGAGUGCCUCGUAAACAAUCAAAAGUUGAAAUAACUUCGCGUGAAUUGUCUCCAAUCGACAACAAAUCAGAGUUAAAAGAAGAUGAAGAAGAAAUCAUAAUCGAAGAGUACCUUGAUGAGUAUUUCGAAGAUGAAGGAGCUACAGCAAUAAUUUCUUUUGUUGACUCAAAUAUUGAGCAAUCUUCAUCACAACAAGAAUUGCAUUCAAAAAUAGAGAUAAAAGAUGAAGAAUUUUAUGAAAUACCUGCUGCAAUAUUGGAUCAUCAGUACAUGAUUACUGAUCCAUCAUUGAAUCGAAAUAUUAAUUCUGAAUGUUCAGAAAACCAUUCUGAUUAUGAAACAUUUAAUUACAACGAAAAUCGUAAAUUAAAAUUAAAAAAUGAGAGAAAGGAUGACCUCAAACCUGUAAAACAUAAACUUCGUCAACUUACAGGAAAAGCUGCAUGCAAAUACUGCGACACAAUAUUCAAUUCUAAAGAAUCUUUGAAGAUGCAUGUUUGCGCAUAUUUACAAUGUGACCCUAAAAACUUUAUCUGUCGCAUUUGUUCCAAAGAACUUAUACAAUCCAUAAAAUUUAUUCCUCCAAGAAAACUUCAACUUGAUCAACAACAACUUGAAUUGUUAGAAAGCAAUGAUGAGACAAAGGAUCCUGUUUUGGAUGAGUUUACUGGCCUGAUUGUUAAAUAUACUACACAAAAGAAAAGAUAUCCUCGAAAGACCGGAAGAUUUGAAUGCGAUUUAUGUGGUCGAGUGUUCACAACUUUGAAAAGUCUUACAAUGCACAUGGAUUUACAUACAAAUUCUCAUCGAUUUGUUUGUACAACAUGUGGUGAACGAUAUAUCACCCAUAGUGGAAUUGCUAAGCAUGCUUGCAUGAAUAAAAAGAGACGCCGACCAGAAGUUGACUUCAUGGAUAAAGAAGCUUAUGUUGUGUCCAUGGAUUGUUCUCCUUUGUUAGCAGGAUUUUCGAUUGUGCUCAAAGAUGGUCGAGCUGCAUUUUUGACGUCAAAUAAUUUGAAAUUUGAUCCAAAUCAUGCUUGCAUGAAUAAAAAGAGACGCCGACCAGAAGUUGACUUCAGAAUUUUCGAUGUCCGUCAUUGCAAAUAUUGCGGCUUUUCAUUUCCUUCUUUUGAAGAAAAUAAAGCCCAUACUUGUCAAUAUCAAUUUCCUGAUGAUCCGAAAAUGUUUCGGUGUCGGUUUUGCUUGUUGGAUAUGUCGAAGAAUUCCUACAAUAAGCAUAUGAAUCGUCAUCUUGAGCCUGAGAAAGAAUGGAUUUGUGUUUAUUGUAGUAAGAAGCUUUCAGAUGAAGUUAGUUUGAAUCUUCAUUUAACGACUCAUACAGGAGACAAACCUUUUAGAUGUCCUUACGAUGGAUGUGAACAAAGUUUUAUAAACAAACAACUUCUCACUCGUCAUAGUCGCUUUCAUGGCGUUGAUAUUCCUGUGUAUGCUUGCAAAAUUUGCAACAAAGAAGUUGCGUCAAAAUAUCAUUUAAAGACUCAUAUGAAGAUACAUGAAGACAUAUUCGGAUGCCAAUUGUGUAAAACAGAAUUUGAUAGUAAGGAUUUACUUAAGGAGCAUUAUCAAAAGGAUCAUUUACCGUACCCUUGUACAUUCUGUGACAAAACUUUUGUUCUUCCAAGAUACUUAAAAAUGCACGAGAAACUUCAUACUCCAACAACUCCAAAGCCUCACAAAUGUGAGUUUUGUAUCUCAAAUAAGUCAUUUAGUAAACUUGCUUUGCUUCUCAAUCAUGUCUAUAAAGUUCACGCUGAAUUAUUUGAUGAGUGGAAGAUUCAGCAUCCAGAAUUGUUUAAAUAA